AUGUGGAUUCUCGACUCGGCGGGCGAUUUCCUGGGAGGACGGCGCGUGUGGCUGCGGCCGGGGAAGAAGUAUCUCUUCGGUCGGGUCUUGCAGGAUGGAGUACGACAUGCCAUCGCCAAUACCUCGAUCUCCCGCAAGCAUAUGAUCAUCGAGGUCGCCCCUGUGAAACCCGGCGACGGCUCCCACAUCUACACAAAAUCGGAUAUCACCGUUAGCGACGAGAAGUCGAAAUGCGGCACGACGGUCGACGGGGAGGAUAUCAAGGGCCGCCGGAUCCGCCUGACCCAGGACGAGCAUAUCCUCCGACUGGGCAAGUACAAGCAUGACUUGCGAAUCAAAUGGGAACCAGUCGUCCUCAGCUUCUCCUUCUCCUCGAAAGAUCUCAAAGCCCACGACCCCCUCGCUCGCGUCCGAAGCCGACUGGAAGAUCUGGAUGUCAAAACCGUGAUACCCUACGUCGUGGGCCAGACGACCCAUGUGGUGCAGAAUAAGCGCAAUACGGCCAAGGGAUUGCAAGCGCUGGUCAACGGCAUGCACAUCGUGCAGGACUCGUAUAUCGACGCGCUGGUGUAUGCCGCGACGCCGAGCGAUCUGGAUAACCUGGAGUCGUUGUCCCCGUUGGAGGCGGACUUUGACUCGGCCUGGCCGGACCCGACCGAGCAUCUUCCUCCACCGGGUAAAGAGGCCGUCCAGAGACCGAAGGAGGCGUUUGCGCCGAACCCCGACCGUAUUAAUGUCUUCGAUGGAUAUACGUUUGUGUUUGGUGACUCUACGCAGUAUGAGAAUUUACAGGAUGCCGUGACGAAUGGCCAUGGCAAGGCUCUACUGUAUCGGAUCGAGAACGGUGUCACCACUGCCGAGGAUAUUGUUCAAUUUAUGCGCACGAUGGCCGGUCGCAACGGGUUGGGCAGAAGGAAGAGGGGUCGGGGAGGAGUGGUCCUUGUUCGCUACCGCGGCAAAGGUCGCUACGAAGAAUGGUCGCAGGGGCUGAGCGACCGGGUGGGCGUGUUGACGGAGCAGCGCGUCAUCGAACAGAGCGAGUUCCUGGACGCCAUCCUGGCCAACGACGCGACGUCGCUGUGUAUGACGCUGGAGCCAGCUGAGCCAGCUAGGCAGGUCGAGUCGGUCCUGUCAUCAGAACCGCCGUCGUCAGAACCUCCGCUGCCUGCAGAGCCGUUGGUGUCUGCACCACCGUCCAGUGCCGACGUCCAGAUGGUGCCGGAAUCGCAGUCCGACGAAGCACCCACGCAGGCGACUACGAAAAGCGCUACAGGACCCCGCGUGCGUAGCUUUAAGAGCAAGAUGAAAACUUUCGACGAUGGCUUCGAUAUCAACGCCAUCCCCGCUUAUGCCCCAGACGACGAUGACGGUCCGGCCCCGUCUAUGGAGAUCGAACCGUCUAUCGAGCCUCAGACGCAACUCGACAGCACCCUGCAGGAAGAAGAGGACCUGUCGAGUUUACUCCCCGGCGCCGCGGCGAUGAAGCGUCGGCGUGCCGAGACGAUGAAGAAAAGCUCCGAGCCGGCCUCGCAGCUGAAAGCGGAGGAGUCGCCGCGGCCCAAGCGACGGAAAUUAGACAUCCGCGAAGCCGCCCGUCAGCACCGGGAGGCCGAAGAGGAUGCGCAGCGUCUUCGACGGCAAGAGGAGGCGGCGUCGCUGCAGGAUUCCCUCAAGGACGUCAACGUGGAGCAGCUGAAGGGAUUGGCCAUCGUAGAGGAAAUGGAGGUGCCGUCGCGCCGGGACGCCGACCGCGACCAACGCUGGGACGAUCGAUGGAACGGGCGCAAGAACUUCAAGAAGUUCCGGCGCAAAGGCGACGGCGGGCAGGCGCGUCAUCGUAUCCAAACAGUGAUCGUGCCGUUGGAAGAGGUGAGUCGGAAGGACUUCGGUAUCGGCGAGCAUUACUGGGUUAGCGAGCGACCGACCGAGCGCAGUCCGCCAGCGAUCAGUCAGGGACCGGAAGGACAGGGACAGGACGCGGAGGAGGCAGAGGAAGGGGAGACAUCUCGCGCUGCGUCGGUGGCCCGCACAGAGACGCCAGCGGUCAGUCAGAAACGGAGUCGCCAGGAGCGAGAAUCCGAUAGCGAGGAUGAGAUGCGAUUCCGAUUCCGACGGCGGCGCUGA